AUGCGCUCGAGCUCGACGCGCAAUGUGUACCAAAGAUUGGUGGCCUGCCAUGGCCUGUCUUCUGCGCCAGGACCGGCCCUCCCGAGCUCAUCUCGACCGACUUCGAUAUGCUCCCACCGUGCGGCAGCCAGGACCCCGCCCCGUCGGACGUUUAUGAAGAUGAACCUCUUCAAAAAGCCCCCUAGAGAAAUAAAACAGGGCGGCUUCGAACCAGGGUUCGCCACCUUUGUCGAGUUCCGAGCUCGGUCUGUGGAGAAUACCCAGCUCCCCUCCAGGGAGGAGCUGGUCGAGGCAUUCCGCACCUUUUUCGAGUACAAGCUGAUGCGCAAGAAACCCCUCAACCCGACCCAAGCCUUCUGCGCAAGACUGGUUGUCGAUUAUUUGCAGAAUACGGUGGCCGAAGCCAGCUUGACCAAGGAGGACCUUCAGAAAGCCUUGUAUGCCGUCUCGUUGCCAGCGGGUCGCGGCCGCACCACGGAGCAUGUACAGCUCGCGACAAAGCUCUACCACCAGCUCAAUGGCCUGAAAUACUCCGGCCGGCCUGUCGACGAGAGAGAAAGGAUCGAAGAAUUGACCUCGGAUGAUCUGGAACGCUAUAUAUUGGUACUCAUAAGGCAGAACGCUACGAAGACGGCGAUGGACACUCUCUUGGAAUUUCGAGAUCUUUAUCCUCAGGUCGAUUCGAAAGGGACGAAACAACUAAACGUUCUUCGCUACCAUGUUCUCAAGGGCCUUGCAUCAGAGGGCGACGAGGUCAAACUACGGGAUUUUGCGCAUGACCUACUCAACUCCGGCUAUGGUUAUUCUCCUUUCUUCCAUGGGAUGAUGACAUCGUUCUAUAGCAAUGUCGACGCGGACGGCGAGGGUGGCCUCCGAGAGUGGUUCGAAAGGCCCAUUCAACACGACCUGAGGCCAACGCCCGACGCCUACGUGGCACUCAUCAAAUUUUCAGCUCGGACGAGAACGGAGCCGGAUUGGUUAAAGAAGGCUAUGCAGAAGCUCUGCGAUUCCAAUCCACCCAAGGCCUGGUGGGACGUGAUACUAAGGUGGGCUGUCUACCAAGGCAAAGACAUCGACCACAUCAGGCGUAUGAUCGACGUCAUGAUCCAGACCAACGAGCAAAAUGAUUCGGUCCGGCCAGACACUCGUACGAUCAACGGCCUGCUCUCAGCAGCAGUUGAGCAUGGCAACCCUCUGUUUGCCGAGCGGAUAAAUAGUCUAGCACUCGAGCUGGGGCUACGCCCAAACGCAGCCACCUACUCACUGCUUUUGCAGGCGCGAACCACUGGUGAGGAUGGGGUCGGUGCAGCAUCAGCUUUUGCUGACCUGAUCCAUUGCACCGCCUUGGCGGAUCAGGCCAUCAAGGCCAUCAACCAGUAUAUCAGGCAACUAUGCCAUGCUACUCCCUUGGACUACGAUCAAGUCCUGGCCGUCCUGACCCAUGUUGAGAGACGGGAGGUGGAGCUGGAGCCCGAGACAGUUGUGGCGCUAUGCUUGAUGUUCCUCAAGAACGACAAGGCUCACGAAGUGAUUGACACACUCAGUCUUCAUGUCAAACAGUUCAGUAUGGAGGACCGGCAAGUCAUAUUGGACAGCCUGCUCAAGUACUGCCAGGACCGCGACGUAAGCACGGCACGUGCAUGGGACUGCUACAACAUCUUGCGGCAGUUCUUCCCAGAGGCCAGCCGGGAAGAGCGGGUAGCCCUUAUGGAGAGCUUUUUCGACCGCAAGCGUGCCGACAUGGCAUGCUACAUCUUCGGACACAUGCGAGCGCACGACAACGACGACAUGCGGCCCGACCUUCCCACCUAUGUAGCCUGUCUGGAAGGGCUAGGGGCUUGUCCGGACGCGGAGAGCGUGCAGAUGAUCCACAACAUGUUCAAGAUGGACACGAAGAUACAGCCGACGACGAAGCUCUACAAUGCGUUUAUGCUUGCAUACACCGCGUGCGAUGAACCUUCGCAGGCAUUUGACUUCUGGCGGGAGAUCUCCAUGUCAGCAGAAGGCCCGAGCUACACCAGCCUGAGCAUUGUCUUCCGCGUGUGUCAGGUCCUGCCGUACGGUGAUGAAAAGGCCAAGAGAAUAUGGGACAAGAUGCACAGGAUGGAAAUCGAGAUCCCCAUCGGCGUUUACUGCUCGUAUAUCGUCAUGAAUGCCGGCCAAGGGCAUCUGGAAGACGUCAAGGCGUUGUUGAUCGGCAUGGAGGCCACCUAUGGGAAAGAACCCGACUGGAACACAGUCGCCGAGACCUUCAACGCCUUCACGAAUUUAGAUUUGCAAAGCCAGUUCCGCGAAUGGAUUGCUCUCGAGUUUCCGAAGCUCGGGGUGGGGCUGUCCAAGAACAAGCAUUUGGUCAAAACAGUUCGUGGCACUGAGCGAAUACCACUGAAGACGAAGAGACUGCGCGCGGCGCAGUAUGAGAGCGCCUGA